UUAUAAAUAAUUUUGCCACCUACUUUCCUGCCAUAAUUACAGGGCAGUAUAUUUCUUAGAGCAAAGGCCAGAAAGUUACAUAAUGUAUAAAUUUCUUAGUUACAAUUUUGAGGGGUGAGGGCUAGUAUUUGUGGACUUCGGUGAUCUGCUGCUUGGCAACUAUUUCUAAGACAAUUAAGCUUCCACCCUCUGAACUGUCAGAGUUAACCGCGUUGGGCGAGCCAGGUCACUUGCUCCCUGCUACUGGAAGGAAAUUCAUUCUUCAUUAUGUAGAGGGCUUGAAAAGCAGUCAUUCCGAGCAGACCGUCCACAGCUAUGUCACACAUCUUGUACUUGACUCCACAAAUUCUUCUGCCCUUUAGCCCUCUGACUUCUCAGGAGUUUGAUCUGAUCCGACGCAAGGCCGGAGUAUCUUGGCAGAAUGAAACACGAUGGUCCAAUUCUUCCCCGACCACAUACACAGGCAGUUACCGGAAAAAACAACUGGAUGACUCCCCACGCAGCCGGUUUUCUCUUAGAGCUGGACAGCACGAGCCUGAGAUGGCACUGCCGAACAGCUCUGCCCGCCGUCCUCUGCUGUGCUGGGCUGGUAGCCAAGAGACUACAGACCUCAGAGGUCUAUUCCCUGUUAUAACCAGGGCUUUCAAAAACUCACUUGAUGUCAAGCAUGAAGUGGCACACCAAAUAUGGGGUUGUGGUGAUUUUUCUCCGACAUCUCCAAAUCAUGGAAAAUCUCGCAUGAGACCUAAAAAGCCAGCACUGGACAUCCAGAGGAACCCCAGAUCCCGGGGAAGACCCUUCCUAAUGCAUCUUCAGGGACAACGUGAUUCUGAAAGCAAAACUGGCUCCUCCGAAGACUCAGAAGCUGAUCAAUACUCCUCCAGUUACGGAUGGAGAGGACCGUCCUCAGCUUUCAGCUGAGCAGAACAAGACGCCCAGGCUGGAGGCCGAGGUCACGUGAUAACGGCUUCACGAGGUACGAGGGGCCUGGGGAAACCUGGCCCUAGGCAGGGUGGCUUUCUUGGACACUUCCCUGGCCUUCAAACCCUUCACGCCUCGUUUUCCUUUUCAAUUGGAAGAGGGGAACAAAAGUUACCAUUAAAAUAUCCUUUAAAGUCA